CUGAGCACAGUGUGCGGAGCAUAGCUGCAAAUUGGCAAGCCGCUUUGUGGUCCUGUUGCAAGUGAUUAUCUUAUCUGAUAAAAUGAUACCGUUUCCUUCACGAAGUUACCGACAACGCCAUGGCAACGUCGUGCUGUUUUUUCACCUUUUCUUUCAUAUUACAGGGUUGUUGGCCAGUCAGGUGAUCGUGCCCCAAAGUGUGAGCGCUGUGCUCGGGAAGAACCUGACAUUAGAGUGCAGGGUGGACGUGGCAACCAACCUCACUCUCACUCAGAGUUCUUGGGAACGUCGUCUGCCCUCUGGCUCGGUCACCGUGGCCGUCUACAACCCGCGCUAUGGCAUCUCCAUCUCUCCGGAGUUCAUUCAUCGCCUGUAUUUCCGCUCACCCUCCUCCCACGAUGCCACUAUUGUGCUGGAGAAUGUGGGCUUUGCAGACAUGGGCAUGUACACCUGUAAGGUGGCUACAUUCCCUCUGGGGAACACCCAAGCCUCAACUACCGUCAGUGUACUUGUGGAGCCAAAGGUCUACGUGUCUGCAGGCUCAACAGCUCUCAUAGACGGGGGCAAUGAGACCGUUGUGGCCACUUGUAUUGCCGAGCGAGCCCGGCCCUCCGCCGAAGUGUCCUGGGAGUCCAACCUCUUCGGCCAGUCAGAAGUCCAGCUCUUUGACGACGUCAACGGCACGACGACGACACAAGUGCGCUAUCUUUGGCAGCCCACGCGUCACGUCCAGGGUCACACACUCACUUGUGUCGUCCGCCACCCGGCCUUGCUGAACGACUUCAGGAUCCCCUACCAGCUUAAUGUGCAGUUUGCUCCAGACAUCUCGGUGGUGGGGUAUGAUGGAGACUGGUACGUGGGCCGAGACAAUGUUGAAAUGACAUGCAAAGCUAACGCAAACCCACCAGCUCAUCACUUCAGAUGGAUCAGGCUGGACAGCGACAUGCCGGAAGGUGUGGAAAUCAUGAACAGCACGCUGAUUUUCCUACGCCCCCUCCAGCGGAACGACUCCGGAGUUUACAGAUGCGAGGUUGCCAAUGACAUCAACCUCCGCAGUCGGGAUGUGCGCAUACUCAUACAAGAUCCUCCCACCAUGCCUUCCAUCAUUACUGUUCCUGUCCUCUCUGGUUCCUCCUCCUCCACCCUAGUGGACGAUAAGCUCCGUGUUAAUCUCAGCUCCCCGACUCUCGAAGCGCUACCCGAGAGUAACCUGGGCACCAUAGUGGGUGGGGCUGUGGGCGGGGCCUUGUUCCUCCUGCUGCUGCUGUGUCUGGUCGGAGUGUGUUACCUGCGGAAACAGCAGACCUUCCAUGGGGACUACUAUGCCAAACAGUACCCAGGCCCUAGCGACCUUCAGAAAGCCCCCAGCAAGCAGUACGAGCUCCACGCCACCAAAGCGGGCAGUGGCUCCCACCACCAACAGGACCAGGACCGGGAGGAAUGGGGCGGUCGUGACUUGAAGCACCACAGCGGCUACAACGGAGAUGAAUACCCGUCCAAUGGCUAUACGAGGGCGAUGAGGGAAGGCGGUCACCACAGCAACCAGCAGAAUCCCCAGCAGGGACAUACACAGUAUUGUAGUCCACAGCAGCAGCCCAGGAGGCCCAGAUACACACACUCUCCUAAACCUAUGAGGAACGGCUCUCCUUACGUACCCAAUACCUGCUACAAUGGCGGCCCGGAGGGCGAUUACGUGUCUCACAAAGACGGCUCUGUCAUCUCUCGUAGGGAGUGGUACGUUUGACCAACUACCUGGUCCUGACGUGUCACCAGUUUACUACAUUAGGAACACCUUAGUUCUCUUCUGUACGCACACUUCUUCUUCUAACACCUUUGCACCCUGGAAGACACUUGAGAUAUGCUUCUGUUCAUGUUGUGGACCGGCAACGAUCUGCCGAGCCUCUUUGACAUGCUCACAUGUGACUGUGUCAUGACGUACUAUAUGCGCUCCCUGGCUCGCCAAUUUAUGUUGCGUCACUAAUGUUGUCAGGUGAGGAAGCCCUGGUGGCCUUGCUCAGCCCUGUGACACCUCAUUUGCACAUUCUGAUUUGUUUCAAAGACCUGUGACCUCUGAAUAUGCCACACUGAGAUUAAAGCUUGGGCCAUAAAAUGAAUCAUAGCUAUUUAGAUGGUUACGGGUCCCUCUUUCAAAUCUCAGUAGGACACAGUCACAGAUUGACAACCUCUCAUUGAGGGAAGUACAAUUUAAUUGCACUGCCUUUUUUGCAAAAGUUACAUCAGCAAUUUGUUUCUGCGACCAUUCUUGAGUUAAUGGUCUUGAGUAUGGCGAGUCAGUACUACUGUGCAUACUCUCCUUGUUGGAAAAGUCAGGAGUGGUCCGGCCAACAUUUACCAUACAGUUGCCGCUGUGACCUCUUUUAGUUUGCCUUUAUGAAACAGUGGUUGUGCUGCACAAUUUGCACUAAUGUCACAGAAUCGAGGUUGGAGGUUGUCAAUAGCAGGCUGCAGUAUGGCCGCUAGACCUGCAUAGACCUGACUAUUAUGUUACACUGCCAUGACACUAGCGCAACUACCCACUCAUGGGCCUGUUUUUGUAACAUCUGUAGCAGUGUUGGUUAAUAGGCCUGUGUAUACCACUUGUGCACUAGUUCCCUCUAAGUUAUAAAUGGCAGUAUUACUGCGAUAUCUAUACCUUUUUAAGUGGUAUGGAUACACCCACAGGGUCAAAACAUUUGUUCUAUCCAUUCAGUAUUUAUCAUGUGCUGUUUUUGAUUGAAGUAGCUUGUUUUUUUGUUUUUUUUCUAACAACGUGAUAGAUUUUGGCACGGGCACUUGCUGAUGAGACGGGAUGGAGGAGAUCCGACAAUCUCCCUCUUGCACAACAGUGUUUGUAAACAGUAGUUUUAAUACCUUAACAAUAUUUGCUGUGUGUGUAGAAAUGCCACAUGUCAUACAUAUUACAGACUUGAUGGUGAUGAAAUAGUAGCGUUUGUAUUAGCCAAUCACAGGGUCCUGUAGCUUGAAAUGGAAAGAUGCGUAAAGCCACUUAAAUAGUAGUCAACAAAUGGGAAUUAAUUCAAUUUUAAUAUCAUUAUUAUUAUUAUUAUUAUUAUUAUUAGUCAGGAUGUGACGGAUGUGCUGUGAUUAGGCAGCCAUUGUCGUAGUGACAUGUCUCUGAUUUGAAACACCGGGUGCAUAUUUAGAGACGCAUGCUCCUUGUGUUAAAGAACUACCUUCAAGUCUCUCCUCAUAACGGCCAUAUUUGCCAACUUCCCUUCAGUGUUGUACAGUCUAAAUGUGCCAUCCUUGAGGCCACCGCGGCCCCAAGCCAGUGAUCAUGUGAACAUUUCUUAAUUUUCUCCUUUUCUUAGGCAACAUUUGGUUCUCUGACUGUGAGGGCCUGGGUGUGUCAAUAAUUCAACCCUCAUAGUAAAUGUUGUAGCAAUACCAAUGAAUGAAAAAAAUACUCAUUUAAAAUGGGGAUUGAAUGAUUUUGAAUGUAAUUCUAUAAAAGUCUCUCUUGAAUUGGAUUGAUGUUAUACAAACUAUAAGGCUUGUGUCCGGUCAAGUGCAGGUAACGACAGGAAGCACGGGUGCCAAAUCCCCCCCCACACUUAUGUUUGCUUCUAUGCACUAAGACGGAAACCCCACUAAUAGAUCGGAUUUCACCUUUUCAUCAUUUUUUUUUUGUUGAGUAAUACGAGAUAAAUGAACUAGUGCCUUAGAAGAUAUGUGGGUGUUUUUCUAUUUUAAAUUUUGCUCAGUGCCAUAUGAAAUGUUCAGCACCAUGAGUUCAAAUGACAAACGCAGAAAGAAGCUUUCCAGGUAAAUGAGUGGAUUUACCUCAGCAAACUAACACUGUGAGUAGCUUAGGUUUCACGUGAUCAAGCACCUUUUUGUUUGCUCCUUUGUAUAUACAGAAGGAAUGUAAGUUAAUGAAAGGAAAAAAUAGAUAUAUUUGUCUGUGAAGCAUUCGUUUGUCAUUCUUUACUUUAUCCCAAUAAAGCACCCUUAGCACA